AUGAAAUCCGCAUCAAAUCUAGAUUUUUCAACUCCCAUACAGCCUAGUGGCAAUAGUACCACUACUAUACCAGUAUUCGAGUCAGCAGAGAUCGAAGAGUCAUCUGUUUCCAUCCCACCUCAUCCUUUAGGCGUAAAGCCUUCAGGGAAUCAAUAUACAGCCACCAGCAAUGCUCGUUACGCCAUUGGAUCUUUUCAGAUCUUGCCGGAUGAAGUUGUGGCCAUAUUAUUAGAAUCUCUGGACCCUGAAUUGUUAGCCUUGCUGGGUUCGACUUGCAAAUUUUUAUAUGCAUUCACUCGAUCUGAGGAACUUUGGAAACCUUUAUUUAUUGAGUCCCCAACAUCAAAAUCAGGUACCUUUACGUGGCGAGGUUCAUGGCGUGCAACAUUCCUCAAUAUAGAAGAAAGCCAGCUCUCAAAAAUUCAAUGUAACAAUGUCUUCUCCGACAACCAAAUUCCCCGCCUCGAAAACCUCACUCCUGAAGAAUUCACCUCAACCUGGAGCGAUAAACCCUUCAUCCUCACUGCCCCAGUGAGAGAAUGGCCUGCCUAUCAUUCCUGGGACACCGACGUUCUCCUCCACCAAUACAGCGAUACCAAAUUCCGCGCUGAAGCCGUCGACUGGUCUCUCAAGACCUACAUCCAAUACAUGAACCACAGCGCCGACGAAUCUCCCCUCUACCUCUUCGACCGCGAUUUCCUCUCCAAAAUGAACCUCUCCACCCCCAAAGCCAGCUCAACCUCGCCCUACCAAAUCCCCUCCUGUUUCGGCGAAGAUCUCUUCCAGGUCCUCGGCCCCAACCGUCCCGACGACAAAUGGCUCAUCAUCGGCCCCGCCCGCUCCGGCUCAACCUACCACAAAGAUCCCAACGCCACUUCCGCCUGGAACGCCGUUCUCCGCGGCUCAAAAUACUGGAUCAUGUUUCCCUCCACCCCUUCUUCACCUCCCCCACCCGGUGUAUACGUUAGCUCCGAUCAAUCCGAAGUCACAUCCCCCCUUUCCAUCGCUGAAUGGCUCCUAGGUUUCCACUCUGAGGCGCGUCGCACGCCCGGAUGUAUAGAAGGCGUGUGUGCUGCUGGGGAAGUCCUGCAUGUACCCAGCGGAUGGUGGCAUUUAGUAGUUAAUCUGGAUGCCAGCAUAGCUAUAACUCAGAAUUUUGUGCCGCGCGCGCAUUUGGUGGGUGUGUUGGCCUUUUUGAAGGACAAAGCGGAUCAGGUUUCGGGGUUUAAGAAAGAGGUGACGGAUCCGUACACGAUGUUUGUGGAGGGCAUGAAGAGGGAGUAUCCUGAGUUACUGGAUGAGGCCAUGGGAGAGCUAGAGAGGAAAGCGGAAGGAAGGAAGAGGAAGUGGGAUGAGGCUGUUGCGACUGGGAAUGGGGAUGAGGAGGCUGGGGGAUUUAGUUUUGGAUUUGGUGGGGACAGUGAUGAGGAGGUGCCUUGA